AUGGGAUGGAAUAAGGUUGGGUGCCCAUGUGAGGAACUGACAUGGAAUGGGGAUCCUGCAUCGGAGUUACAGGCUGGGGUUACGGGGGGAGCUUCAGAGGAUUUGCGAGAUACCCCUUGUGAUGUAGGAAGCGAAGCUGAGCCGAAAAUGUCCAAAAACAGAUGGGCACCUAAAAUGCAAGAAAACUGGGAAGUAUGGAAGCUGGCAGUGGAAUCUGGAGCUAUGCAGUAUAAUGAGGAAGAUGACAUAAUGGCAAUACCACAGUCCACAGGCAUAGAACGAGGCUUGAUAGAGACAAAGAAAGAGGUUGUGACCAACUUUGAUAUAGUGCAACUAUGGGGUAAUGGUGCAGUUAAAUGGGAGUUUGUUGGAUCAGUUGGUGCUUCAGUUUAUGGUCCGCACGAUAAGGCGAAAAAGCUUGUUAUGUGGGAAGAGCUGAGCUUCCUAUCUGGGUUAUGUCAAGUCCCAUUUUGCUACCAGGGAGAUUUUAACGAGAUAACUCAUAUGGAAGAGAGGAAGGGAACUAAUUCUUUGAUGGUGUUUGUAGCAGAGUUUAAAUCAUGGAUCCAGGAUAUGGAGCUAGUAGACUUAGCAAUCACUGAUCGCUUGUUCACUUGGUUUAGAGGGCAAUCAUACAGUCGAAUUGAUAGGGUUUUGGUUAGCUUGGAGUGGUUAGAAGAGUUUCCUGAAAUAAGGCUGCGAGGUGGACCUAGAGGGUUAUCAGACCAUUGUCCAUUGAUGAUGGAGGUCUCACGGAUUAGAGGGGGGCCAAAACCUUUUCGGAGUUUGGACUCCUGGUUUACUCAUGAUGGUUUCUUGAGGAUGGUAAAGGAGGAAUGGAGGAUUUUAGGUGAGGUACAGUUUAUGGACAAGCUAAAGGCUUUGAUGACUCCACUGAGCAGAUGGCAUAAAAAGAACUUUAGGUUCAUGGACACAAGGAUUAGACAGUUUAAGGAUGAAAUAAAGAAAGUAGAUGACAUGGUAGGUACUGGAGUGGCUGAUGGAACUAUUGAAGCAAAGAGAAAGGCGCUUGUGAGCUUCUGUAGAAAAUGGUAUAUCAGAAAGGAGCUACAUUGGAAGCAGAUGUCAAGAUCUCGGCAUGUAAAUGAGAUGGAUAAAAACAUUCGCUAUUUCAACAAUUUAGCCUCAGCGCGAAGAAGGUCCAAUUGGAUUGAUGCCUUAAUGGUUAAUGGGAGGUUGGAAGAGGCAACAGAGCUAGAGAUGAUGCCAACUACUGAAGAAAUAAAGGAGGCAGUUUGGGAUUGUGAGUCAACAAAGACACCAGGCAGUGAUGGGUAUAAUAUGAAUUUCAUAAAGAAGUGUUGGGAAGAAUUAGAUAGAGAGUUCACUGAAGCGGUGAAAGGGUUUUUCCAGUUAGCUAAGCUACCUAGCAAGUUGAAUGUCACUUGGGUGGCGCUGGCACCGAAGUUUACUGGAGCCAAAGAAAUAAAGGAUCUCCGGUCGAUUAGUAUGGUGGGCUGUGUCUAUAAGGUCAUUUCUACGGUAUUGAUUUGGAGGAUGCGGAAGAAGAUGGGUUUUGGCCAGAGAUGGAGAGGCUGGAUCAAGGAGUGUGUCUGCUUUGCAUCUAUGAUGAUUGGAGAGGCAGUGAGGAACGGUCGUAUAUCUCUCCUACUGGUUGGUAGUGAUAACAUUGAGUUGUCUCACUUGCAGUUUGCGAAUGAUACUAUUCUUUUCUGCCCGCCUAAAGAGGAGACUAUCAGAAACUACCAGCAACUGCUCCGGUACUUUGAACUGAUGUCUGGGUUGAGCAUCAAUUUUGAGAAGUCCAACAUUAUUCCAGUCAAUUGUGAUAGGCUGUGGGUCCGUAGGAUGUGUCUAUUAUUGGGUUGUAUGGAGGCAUCAUUACCAAUUAGAUAUUUGGGCAUUCCCCUGGGAGCAAAUCCGAGACUGGUUAAGACAUGGAAACCAGUGAUUGACAAGGUGGAAGAAAAGCUGAAUUUGUGA